AUGGUUGCCCUUAUAGAAUACAACAAGAUGGGAUCACAGCAGCCCGCAAGCGACUUCGAAUGGGGCUAUCUUAUACAAGCAGACAAGAGCCCAUCCCCAAGGCUCGAACAGCUAUGUCUAGGGCUUGCAGGAGUUAUCUCUGAUCUUGAUCCUUCGUCUUCUACAAAGGAGCUCACGCCCGAGAAAUUAGCUGCCUUUUAUCGUGCAGUUGGGGGUAACUACGAUAGCUUGUUUUUAAAUACCCCCAGCCCUUCUCUUUCGUUCAUCUAUCAAUCGCUGGGCUGUUUCCAUACCCUUCAGCCGACAAAGAGUGCCUUUGAACCGCCAUCUAUUCCCGCCCUACUUCCACAUGGGUUCAUUCGCUGGCAGACAAUCCAGCUCUUGCUAUGUCCCGAGGAACAUGCUACCUUUCUUCAGAGGGCAGUUGAAAUGUUUGACAUAGUUGACGCCCAUGAGGGAUACUUGCUCCCCAAGAGUAUCCCAGCUUCUGCCUUUCCCGCACACCCAGAUCCAGACAUGGUGAAGUGGCAUGAAACCGUCAGCAAUCGUCUAGAAUUAGAAUCUGCCGAGGCAACGCCUAAUGCAAGGUCUUCGCAUAGCCCACAGCCGUCUGCAUCGACGAACUUCCAGGCACGAAGUCGCCAGUCAAAAUCCAAAGACGACGAAGGCGAUUACUUUGACCCAAUUCUCGAGAGCCGUAUGGACGGAUUCCUCAUCCUCUACGACAUGCCGAAGCGGCCACCUAUGCCGGUAAUACAGGGCCAAAAUCCGCAGGCCAUGCUCGCCCUGAUGGAGGUAUUCCUCGCUCGAAAUCAUCGAAUCAUUAUCGUGGCCAUUCGAGCCCACCAACGGCAUACAGACGAUCGUGGCCCCAUCCUGAACCAUCAGGCGAUGAAGAAGAGGUCAUUAUUGUCGAACAUAAUCGUUCCACCCCUCACUCUCGAAGAAGCGAACGACGACGCAGCCAGGAACAUCCAAGUCAUGAAAACGCUUAUCCUUCACGAUCUUCCCAUGUCAGACAUCAUUCCCAUGAGUCAUUGCAUCGCCAGCGGCAACAUCCAUUUCAAUCUGCGAGCGAAUCACCAAGACGGCGACAUAGAGAAGAUGAGCCGGAGGUCUACUACUCAUAUCCUCCGUCAAAGAACAUCCCUGAGAUCAGGCCGAAUUACGAAGAUGAUGCCUCAGCAGCAUUUCCUACGCCUAAACGGAACAGCCAUCCUUUCCAUCCUAGAUAUGUCGACAUCUUCGACGACGAUGGAGUGA